AUGGGAAUUAAUUUUUACAGACUAACUGCAAAUACUGAUUACACGUUGUGUUUGGAAAUACUCAACACUGAUUAUAAUCUUUGGAAUAAUACACAAAUAAGUGUUGACAAAGGAACUUCAAAAGGAUUAUCAAUUGGAAAUGUAAUUGUAAAAAAACUUUCCCAUAGGUAUACUGAUUCAACAGGGAAAACACAAACUAUGUACUACCACAGAAUAAUAAUUAAUUUCCGGAAGUUGUCAUCUGGAAAUAGGUUCUUUCUUCACAUUUUGGUUGAUAUUCUUCGUGGUGGAUAUAACCUGCGUGCGUAUCCGACAUUGUUUAAAGGAGUUUACAUCAUUGCUUAUGGAAUUGAGGGUACAUUUAGCAAUAUCGACCCAGAUAAAGUUUACGACUAUCACACCGCAUUUGAUAUCAAACCAACAGAAGUAGUGUAUAAUGUUGAUAUUAAUGCAAAUCAAAAAGAAAUUAAAAAUAUCAAACUUGACCGACAAAAUGAUAAUAGUGCUGCAACAGUUGCAUUAGUAAAAGAACUAGCUCCUCACACUAAAAAUGCUUUGUAUAGAUUAUACUUUAGUGAUUUCUAUGACUUUGCUGAUGCGGAUACUUACGGAAUAAAUAUAGGCUCAUUUGGAGUUAUUAUAAAUUCUUUGAAACCUAAUAUAACACUACCAACAAAUAAAGACCUAAGUGAAAUAACGGAAAAAGGAUUACAUAUUAAUGGUUAUGAUAUUACUUUUUCUCCUUCACAUUCUUCAAAAUCUACUUUAUGUAUUGUUUUUAGUCAUUGGAGAAAUAGGAGUUUUACCCUAACUAAAUAUUUAUCAACAAACAAUAAUAUUUUAGUAAAAUUGGAUUAUAAUAAAUCAAAUAAUAAAGUAACUUUAACUGUCAACAAAACAACUCAAAAUUUUACUACGCUAAGUAGUUUUAAUGGAAAAAUAAUUGUUUUAUGGCUAGCAGAA